UUCUGUAAAAAGAAAAAAGGCAAUGAUUAACGUCUUUAUCGCCUUGCUGCCUCAGUCUGUGUACAUUUCUGCGGGAUUGCUUUCCGGUCGUGGUUUUGUGUAAACUGCUAGAUGUUUGACUGUGAAUGCUAGCUUGGUGUUAGCAGGCUAGCUCUUUGUGUGGCUAGCAGCUAGCCGAGGGGAUGGUUUGUUGUUGUUGAAGCCAGCAGUUCUCCCAUCGUCUGGGAGAGGACAUUCGCCGAUUGAAGAUUAUCUUUUCAUAGUUCCUGACACAUUAGUGAAGGCGCUCCCUGAAAUCUGCUGUGUAACAACAGAAUAACUACACCGAGAACGGGGACAGUUUGACUGAAGAGGGAGGAGAUGGGAAACUGUCUGAAAUCUCCGACCUCAGAUGAUAUUUCUUUGCUGCACGAAUCCCAAUCGGACCGAGCCAGCUAUGGAGACGGUACUGAUCCGGACCAGGAGCCACCACCCCCAUAUCAGGAGCAAAUUCAUGUGCCUGUCUACCAUCCGACACCCAGCCAGGCUCGACUGGCCACCCAGCUGACAGAGGAGGAGCAGGUCCGCAUCGCCCAGCGCAUUGGACUCAUCCAGCACCUGCCAAAGGGCAUUUAUGACCCAGGUCGGGAUGGUUCAGAGAAGAAGAUCAGAGAGUGCGUCAUCUGCAUGAUGGACUUUGUGUACGGAGACCCGAUCCGGUUCCUGCCCUGCAUGCACAUCUACCACAUGGACUGUAUAGACGACUGGCUGAUGAGGUCCUUCACCUGCCCGUCCUGCAUGGAGCCUGUGGAUGCUGCGUUGCUUUCCUCCUAUGAGACCAACUGACGCACACGUUCACAGACAGACUGGGCACACACACACACACACGAUUCACAUAUACAGACUUUACUAACCUCUGUCCACAAUUAGUAAGUUGGUGUCUUAAAGUGAUAUAUCAACACCGUGAUAAUGUCAAAGAUGUAUUCUAACUUCAUAAGCCGUGUGGGGAGGGCACAUGCAUGUGUGAGUGUUCGUGCGUGCAUGGGUGUGAGCGUGCAUGCAUGAGUUCCUCAGUUGGCCUGCUGGACAGGAUUGCAUCUGAGAAAGGAGUGUAAGAAUGAGUGGUGUGUCAGUGAGUAGUAGGAAGGUUUUGGAAAGAGAAGGUGCAGAAAAUGGAGCAGUCAGUGAGUGGGAGGUUGGAGCAGAGGAGUUCACAGGAAUGAAUGACUGUUAGCUGUUAAUGAUUAAGAAACAUUUCCAACAUCCGCUUUCAUGCCCUCAUGUACACACAAGCAUACAAGUGCACUCAGUUACACUUCCCUUAUUUACUCACUAUCCUUAAAAUGAAGGACAUGUAACGUCGUCAUCAUCAUCAUCAUGGUGCUGCACGUUGUGUUUCUCGGACUACUGACGCCUUUUAAUAUCAUAUUGCAAGAUGAUGGUGGAGUGGAAAGAAAUGUCCCUCAGAUGAUUUGUGGAUCUGCUGGAAGAUCAGAGGUGUGUCCGUUCAGAAGCCCUGUGCAGAGUCAAAGCUGCUGCAGAAACUGCAAAACUCGAGCAUGUGGUUAUUUAAAGACUGUCAAAGCCUGAUAUCAGAGUGGAGACCACAAACCUGCAGAUGUGCUCUGAAGAUACAUGACAGGCCUCCCGUUUCUGUCAUGACCUCUUAUGAGGUAAAAAAAAAAAAAGAUAAUGGUUAGUGCAUUGUUGGAUUGUCUUUGUGAAUUUUGUUCUGUACAUUUUAUGUUAAUCAGCAUACAGUAGGGGCCUCAAUCUCUCAGACCAGGGGCCAUAUGUGGCCUAUGAAAUAAUUUCACAAUGUUUGGAAUUUAUUGUUAAAUCUGUCCUGCAAAGAAAAAACAGUUGCCCAUUUUGAAUUUCCUCGUUUGUUUUUUUUGUUUUUUUUACUGUAAGUUUUCUCUCUGUCUCUCUCUCUGUCUCUCUCUCUCUCUCUCUCUCUCUCAAGGCUGCAUAAUCAUAGGAUAAAAGUUGAUUUCCCCACCGAAAACUAAUGAUCUAUAACAGACUUUGCGGUGCACAUGCAGUGAACUACCAGCAAAGGUGGUGAAGGUGAGGAAAAACGUCAACCCAAGGUCUGUGUUAUUUAAGGAACUUAAUGAAGCACAUGAUCUUUGCACAUUUUUUGUUUAAUAGGAAAUAUGUAAAAGGUAAGACCCUUCAGCUUCUUUAUUUACUCUGGGUCAUCACAGCAGAGCUGAGACGGAUCUGCCACUGGUGGCUCUAAGCGGGGAUCAGGUUUAAGAGGGAAUCAGGUUUAGGGCGUUUACACCCUCCACCACCUCCGAGCAGAAAACUAAAUGGCUAUGUUACAGCUUGCCAGCCAAAAGCUUAAAGUAUGCCAUUCUGAAUACAGGGAGCCCAGCAGGACUCAAUCACAAUAUACAGUAGGGGAAAUAUAGAAAUUCAAUGAGGAAAAUAUAGGGGCAAUGGCUACAAGUGAGGCAAAAAUACAGGGGAUACUAGUCUUGUACAGCCAACUUUACAGCAAAUAAAUAAUAAUUAAAGCAGAUAAGGAUACCCAUAGAUGCUCUGCCUCAGUAACACCAUCACAGAAUGUAGGCUCUAACUACGGGUGCUACAAUAUGCUGAAUGUGUCACAAAUUGUGAUACUUUUUCUGAUUUGUAUCAUGACAUUUUGACCAUAGUAUUGUGAUAAACCUAAUAUAUACAGUAGUUUAAAUUUCAAAAUGCUUGCUUGAAUGUCUGAAAAAUGUUUUUUACACUUUAAUUCAUAGCAGCAACAUACGACUAUUAUUAAUAUCAGGCAGUUAAAUCAGGCAAUGAUAGGGGAACUUAACAGUGUAUGUUGUCAAACGCUUCAUUCAGGCUCACCGCAGGCACCUCUUCCUCUGUGUUGAGAACCAGGAGGAUAAAUCAUCUUGAACAAUGAAGACUCAUUAAUAUCUCCAAAUAAGGAUAUGCUGUUUCUAACAUUCUACUUCCCUGCCUGGUUGUUCGUGUGGAAUCUGACCAUUAUGCAGAGUAUAAAACAAUACUUUGGCAUUUGAUGUUAGAAACUGAAUUUUUUUUAUGCGUCAUCCAUCCCAACUUAACAAAAUUAUAGCAGUUGCCUCUUCCAAAUGUCCAAAAUAUGUACAUGCUUGAAUUGCCUAAGAUUGCCGGAAAAUGCACCCUUAAUUUCAAAGUUUUCGGGGGGGGGGGGGGGGGGGCGUUUACCCCCACACCCCCUAGUCAAACUCUCCUCCCUCCUUCUAAGAAACCUAGAUCCACCCCUGUCUGCAUGUUGAUUUUGGCACAAGUUUUAUGUUUGAUGCCCUUCCUGACGCAAUGUGGAGAAUGAGCAGAGAUGCCCUUGAACUUGGAACAUUCUGCUACGGAAACAAGUGCACUAACUGUUUGGCCACCACCUCAACAGGAAAUAUGCAAGGUGCAAUUUUUUAAUUUAAUUGUAUUUAUUUAUUUUAAUAAAUAACAUGUAGACCACCUUAUUGGUGAUGGUAGCAUAGCAGUCACACGUGUCAAAUUAAUUUAACUGAAAUCGAAAUUUCCUCCACAGAAAUUGGCUUUACUCCGUCCACUUUGAGACCCUGUAGGCCAAUAGUCGUCUUACAUGAUGCAAAAAUGUUCUUUGGCAAACAAGAAAAUUUUGUUUUUUGCAAGUAUAAUCAUUAACAUUACACAAACUCUUCACUUUUUGAUCUGCUGUGUAUUUUGGUGGAGAGCAGCCUGCCUAGUGGCCCCCAGGUCAUCCAAGUUUGAGACCCCAGGUAUAAGGGCUCCAUUGAACUGGUUUUUACCAACCAUACAGAUGAAGCAAAAAUGCAUGUUUAGUUCAGCCACUGAUGUAAUUAAUGCACAGCUGGCACAAUAUUGCUAUAAAAACUACAGUAUUUGUUCUCUUGUUUCAGUCGCAGUGGUUUCUCCAGUUACUGACCAGUUACCAAGUGAUCUUGACAAUAUUUUGACUUCACUGCAUUUGUAACAAAUGAACAUUUUGUGAUGCUCCUCUUUUUUUCGCUGAUGUCAGGGUAAAGUAUGCACUUUGCUUUACCUGCCUAUCAAAUCUGAAUGCCUAAUUUUUUUUAAUCCUCACAAAUGAAAGACACCGUUGCCACUAAAAUAUUUCUGGUGAUGUUAACUAGACUACUGACUGAACUCCAGUGUUGGUGCUCCUGUAUUGUUGAGUCCAAAUCCUAUAUCUAUACCAAGUCUUUGAGGAAAA